UUUUCUCUGUUUUUCAUCUUCUUCUUAUCAUGAUUAUGGUUGAAAUGGAAUCAGGGCCUUAUCAUUAUUCUUGUUCAAAGGAAAUUAGGUUCUUACUUCGGUUUCUUCUGCUACCAAAUGAUUCUAUCACUUGUUUUAGGGUUUAUUGGGUGCCGGUCUAAACACGUCGAAUUAUCAUCAAUUCAUGCAAUCCUUUUCUCAGGUUAAUCUUCAACUUGUACAAAAUCCUUCGCCGGAAAUGCUUUAGUACCCACCAAACCCAAUUGUAGGAUCCCAGGUAGAAAUAGAGAUGGGUUCUGGAGAAGAAAACCCUCCGUGGAGUGUAUUCGAUCGAGUAAAGAAUAUCCCAUCAAUGCCGGAAACUCUCAUGGCGGAGAUCAAUGCAGCCAUCACUGCAUUAGAGUGUGCCCGUGCUACAACUCUCCUUGAUUCUCCAUCUUCUUCCCUUCCUAAGAAUACGAGCUCCGCUGCAAACAAGAAGCCUCACUAUGAUGCUCGAAUGGCGGACGAAGCCUACAAGGCAGGAUGUGCAGCCUUGGCUGCAGGCAAGCUCGAUGAGGCUCUUCACUCUUUGAAUCUUGCUCUCUCUAAAUGUCCACCUGAUAAGACUUCUGCUGUUGCUAAGCUUCAGUCUCUCAUAUCUCUCACAUCUCAACAACUAAAGAAACCUCUCAACUGACUUUAGAACCAACGACUUUCUACUCUUUUAACUUCUGGAUGUGAUUGUACUUAUACCUGAAUUUGCUCACUUACCAGUUACCAUUCAAAUCGGGGAAAGUUGGUUAUGCUGCUUUAUAUAUACUCAUUACAUAGAUUAUGUGUUAGCUGGUUAUGCUACUGUACGAAUGGGAUUAGAAUGAACAAACCUAAGUUUAUAUACGAUUGUGAUUUUUAUAUAUCAAUUCACCAACAUUUCAUCUGUAUUUUAGUAGAUCAUUUUCCUUAGCUCAUUUUAUAUGUUUUCUCUUGCUUUGAUGUAUUUAGUUAUUAAGGGAUGUUUGAGUGAGAAGCUGUUAUUUGGGUGGCAUGGCUAUUAACAGGAAUACAACACUGGAUGUAGCAGAUAGAGAGUGCUUUUUGUGGAUAAUCUAGGGCUAUUUUGCUCUUUGAAACUAGGAAGUGCAAGAUUUCGUCAAAAACUAAAUUUCAUGGCCAGAGUUUGUGCCACUAGGACCCAGCUGUAAUCUCUUUGCCGUGGUUGGUUUGGAUCUAGAGUGAAAUAAGAAUGCUUCCUUCUCCCAAGAUCAGUAGCCUAUUCACACAUGCUUGUUUGUUUCCCUCGCUAAUGGAAGCAUGCCUUUGUUUCUUAUUUUGAUUUAGAUGUGAAAAAGAAAGAAAACAUGUACUCAGUGGGCAUAUUGAGAUUAAUUUCUAGUGCUACUACACGACAUGCUAGAAGUUGCUUCAAAACAUAGUCUUGCAGGUGGUUUUUGGCCUGACCUUGUUUGUGGUUCAAGGUCAUCAUAAUGACCAAAAAUAAUGCAUUCAGCUGAAAAUAAUGCAGUAUUUGGUCACCAUUCAAGGCAAUGUUGCCCCAGAGUGGAGGCCUAGAAGAAAGAAAAAUGCAAGGACCAAGAAGGCAGCAUAGCAUGUUCAAGGAAAUUCAUGACAAACUAGGGCUUACGAAGUAGAACUCAGGGUUUAAGGUUGACGAAGUUGACUUGAAAAAUCCAAUCACUCACAAGUUCCAGCAUUGGAGUGCAAGAGGCAGUUGCCGUCCACCCUUUUGGUUGUGGGCCUCCUCUUGCCCUGAUGUUACCCACUUAUGGAUAGCCAAACUUCAUCGCACCUCCUAAAUCAUUUUCAUACAAGAAAAUUAGGGAAUGAGUCCAAUAAUAUUCAUGGAUGGAGUGUAAUUCUUGGAAAUUUUGUCAGGUAGCGGUCACGGUAGGUAUCUUGUCCCAUUUUACCAUUUCCUUAAGCUUGAAGUGAAACUGGGAAAUUGCAAAUUUGGAAACAGUCAUGGGUUAUAUUUGUAAAUUAGAAGAACCAAAUAAAAUUUUGACAUAAUUCAUAGGGAUUUGUCAGUGUCCAUGUCAGAUGUCAUCGGAUGGUGUGAUCACAAGUCACAAGAUAUUAUGGAAUAUGAAGGGUCAUCAGAUAAACUGUCCAAUGUUGUUUUAACUUAGUCUUUACCCCAAAGAAUAGAAAAGCCAAGCAUUUAAGAAGCUGCAAGGCCACCAUCACAGAAGCAGUUCAAUGUAAACAUCAACCCAUGUUGGAAUUAUAAAUAUCAGUGGUUGUGUGCCUAUCCUUUAAUCUUGAAUUAACCAGCCAAUUCCCAGCUCAAGAGCGCCUAGCAUCAUGUUUUACAACGAAGACCAACCAAAUCCCUCAAAGAGAUGCAAAUGCCUCGCAGCAGCCCUCAAGGAGGCUUUUUCUAAUUGCCAUGCUUUUGGUGGGAAGCUUCCUUCUGCAAGCCCAGAUGAGGAAAAUCCACCGAGUGACGUUGAUGAUGAGGAGGAAGUGGUUGUCUCAGCAAUUCGAAGUAAAGCCAGAGAAGCAAAGUUGAGGCGUAAGACCAGCCUUAUAUCGGGUAGCUUUAAGUUGGAUAGCUUCUCCCGGGUCUUCUCUCCCGGGACAGGAGAAUUGUUCGCAACUCCAAAGGAACUGCAGCAGAGGGAAGAUGACGAUGAUGAUGAUGAAGAAAGGGAGGAUUAUUUCUCUGUUAGGAGCUAUUUGUCCCGUGCUUCAAGUGUAGCAAGUAGGGAGGCCUUCCUGUCUGUUAAGACAAACUUCUCCCGCAGUUCGAGCUUGAGUGGGAUUGAUUUUUACGAGUUUCGGAGGCCGUCCAUAAUUGAGGAGUUAUGCCACUGUGAGGGGUGGCCUUUUGGUCUCUGCAGGAGGGCCAUGUUGCUUCCACCUCUGCCCAAGUCCCCAUCCGAGUCCUGGUCAUGGCGUAAAGGCACAAGAGUAGUUAAAAUGAAUUAACGCAUGGGACGUUUUCUUUUCGCUGCAAGCCUGCAAUGCAAAUUUAAUUUCAUUUUCCAAAUAAAAAUUUAGGGGAUACUUUGGGCUCCUUUCAGAAUCUCAAAUUGCUCAACUCAUAAGUAAUCACCCCACUUUCGUUGAUUACUUGUGAAUGGGGAAAAUGAGGGGCGGGCAUCAUAUUCUUGACUUCUUAAUGUUCCAAUCGAUGAAGCUCUUUCUUCUAUUACCAGAACAUAUGCUUUCUUUUCUUUUUCGGAAGCUUUCCGCUCCUUACAUGUAUCAUGCUAUGUUCUUUGUAGAAGAAUGAGUAUCCAAGUUCAGAAGAAUCUUUCCCAUAAAUACAUUUUUUUUAAUGUC